AUGAAUUUGCCAUAUGAUCUUGCCUUUUUGGUGGACCUGAAAAUUCCAGAACUCUUGAUGAAUAUUGCCAAAGGAAGUGUAACCACUAGAGAUAAAUCCUUGAGUGAGUUUGAUGAAUCUCAGGAGCAGGAGGAGUAUGAACAGUGUAUGAAGUGGCUGGAGGAAUGCAAGACUGGCUUCAGUGCCUGGUACAAGACUGCUCAAGAAUCUUCCAAAGAAGACAGAAAAGCCAUGCAGAUGUUUGUAGCUAGAUUCUGUGAUCUUUUGGAUGUGGAGAUCAGUUGUGAUGGUUGUGGUGUAACGUUGCCAGGGCGACGCUACAGGUGUCUGCAGUGUCAAGACAUGGACCUCUGUGCUACGUGUUUUGCAGGUGGAGUGAAGCCAGCAGGGGAACACACAGAUGACCAUGAUAUAGUCCAUCUGAUGUACAAAUGUGAUGAAUGCCAGGCUUUCAUAGUGGGACAGAGAAUCCACUGCGACGUCUGUGAAGAUUUUGACUUGUGCUUGGGUUGCCAUAAGAAAGAGCUUUAUCCUCCAGGUCAUGACAGUUCCCACAGAGUCUCUGUUCUGCCUCUUGUAAAAUGUAAGUAA